GCGAUUCUAGCUGUGUACAUCAGAGAAAUAUUGGUACUUGUUUCCCAAAGGAAAAAUUUUCAUUUUAAAAGGACGGUCGUUUGAAAUCGUUUCAAAAUGGGUCGCCGUUCAAUAAAUACCACUAAGAGUGGUAAAUAUAUGAAUCCAACGGAUCAGGCCCGAAAAGAGGCCCGCAAAAAAGAACUGAAAAAGAAUAAAAAACAACGUCAAAUGGUUAGAGCGGCAGUGCUUAAAGGAAAAGAUCCAGCACAAUUGAUUGAGGAGAUGGAAAAAAUCGAUGAAAUGGAAUACAAUGUGUUACAGCCAUCGCCCCUUAAUGAAAAAGUAUUGCGUGAGAAGCGAAAAAAGUUGAAGGAAACAUUCGACCGGGUUAUGAGAUUAUAUCAUAAUGAUGAUCCAGAACUUUGGUCGGAGCUUAAGCGUAAAGAGGUGGAAUAUGAGCGUCGUCGUAAUAAGCGAGUGCAGUAUUUUGAGAGUGUUCGAACGGCACAAACGGUUCAAAUCGAAGAUAUUCCCUUGCCAGAUAUGUGUGAAAAGUCACCGGCACCAGCAACAACACAGCCACAGGCUCCAUUUGGAUCGGUGCCGAUGCCACCAACAUUCAAUCCACAAAUACCGCCCGGUGGUGUGCCUAUUCCGCCGAGUAUACAAAAUGCCAUUGCUGCGCAUCAAAAAGCUGUGGCCGAAGAGAAAAAAGCAGCAAGUGAAAAAAAGCGAAAAGAUCCACCAGGAUGUCCUUCCGGUCCACCGCCUGAUUUACUUUUAAUGCGCGAUUUAGAUUCGGAAUAUGAGAGUGAUGACAGUGAUCGAGGGCGAAGAUCGCCAGUGUCCAAGAGAUACAAACGUUAUUCGUCGGAGCGAAGCUCAAGCCGAUCGGAUGAUCAAGAUAGUGAAAGUGAAAAUGAUGUUGAUGUACCGAAACCAACAACAAACAUUCAACAACGUAUGUUAGCAAUGGCCGGUCAGAAUCAGAAGUACGACGAUUUUAUGAAAGAACUAGAAAAUGUGAAUAGUCAAUCGGAUGAUCGACAAUCGAGAAACGCGAGUGAAUCGAAUGCAAGUAAACCGGAGAGAAAACCAGAUGAUGAAAGUAAUACAGAGAGAAAAGAUAAUCCAGCCGCUAUUCCAAAUCUAUCAGCCGUACCAGCACCACCAGCAAUGCCUCCACCAAUGCUACAUAAAAUGCCAAGACCUCCACCACCACCAAUGGGUAUGCCUCAAAUGAUGUUUCGACCGCCUCCGAUGCGUCCUGGAUUACAAUCGCUUGGAAUGCGUAUGCCACCUGCUGGUCCAAAUAUGAUGACACGCUUCCGAAUGCCACCGGGACCUCCACCUGGGGCUCCACCAAAUAGAUUAAUGCAUCCACAUCAUAAUAAAUUUGGUCCACAGCAUCCACAACAACAACAACAGCCACCACCACAACAACAACCGAAUAUGAUGCAACAACCGCCAAAGGACACCAAAGGCAUGACGACUAUUACUGCAAAACCACAAAUUCGAAAUCUCAGUGCGGACGUCACGCGGUUCGUUCCAUCGGCGCUGCGGGUGAAACGUGAAGAUAAAAAGAUUCAAAAGCCCAAGGCAUUCGUUAGUGAAUAUAGUCGACAACAGCAAGCUGAAGCCGCUGCAAAUAAGGGAACUACAAAAGACGACGCCUACAUGCAAUUUAUGCAUGAAAUGCAAAGCCUUUUGUAAACUACUCAUUUUUUAUUAGAAUAAAUAAGAAGACCAAAAAGAAAGAAUAAAACGAAGUCGUUUUUAUUAACAAGACA